AUGGUGGAAAGCAAGGGAGAAAGCAACCUCUCCUUCGUCCUCGCCAAGCGGCUCGACGUCAAAUUCGAGGAGCGGCCCAAGCCGACCAUCGACUCCCCCUACGAUGUCCUCGUCGCCAUCAACUACACAGGCAUCUGCGGCAGCGACGUGCACUACUGGCAGCACGGCGGCAUCGGGUCCUUCAUCGUCCAGGAGCCCAUGGUACUCGGGCACGAAUCCGCAGGCACCAUCGUCGCCGUCGGGUCCAAGGUGUCGCGCGUGCAACCAGGGGACCGCGUCGCCCUGGAACCAGGCUACCCGUGCCGUCGCUGCCCGGCCUGCCUCUCGGGCCACUACAACCUCUGCCCGGAGAUGCGAUUCGCGGCGACGCCGCCCAUCGACGGCACGCUGACGGGCUUCUACACGGCGCCCGAGGACUUCUGCUACAAGCUGCCGGCGCACGUGUCGCUGCAGGAGGGCGCGCUGAUCGAGCCCCUCGCGGUCGCCGUCCACAUCGUCAAGCAGGCCGAGAUCAAGCCCGGGCAGACGGUGGUCGUGAUGGGCGCGGGGCCCGUGGGGCUGCUCUGCUGCGCGGUGGCGCGCGCCUACGGGGCAUCGGUGGUGGUCAGCUCCGACAUCCAGGAGGCGCGCGUCCAGUUCGCAACCUCGUUCGCGGCCACGCACGGCUUCAUCCCGGCGCGCGCCUCGGGGGAGGAGAACGCGGCGCGGCUGCUGAAGGAGGUCGGGCUGGGCGAGGAGGGCGCCGACGCCGUCAUCGAUGCGUCGGGCGCGGAGCCGUCGAUCCAGACAUCGCUCCACGUCGUGCGGCGCGGCGGCGUGUACGUGCAGGGCGGCAUGGGCAAGGCCGACAUCACGUUCCCCAUCAUGGCGCUGUGCAUCAAGGAGGUGACGGCGAAAGGCAGCUUCCGGUACGGCAGCGGCGACUACAAGCUGGCGGUGGACCUGGUCAGCAGCGGCAAGGUGGAUGUCAAGAAGUUGAUUACGGGCACGGUGCGGUUCGAGGAGGCGGCGCAGGCGUUCGAGGCUGUGAAGGCGGGUAAGGGGAUCAAGGUGUUGAUUGCGGGACCGAAUGAGAAGUAG